CGAGGAGAAUUAGCCCCGGACAGACAAGCUGGAAAGGAAACAAGGGUUCGGCUCUUCCCCGAGGCCACGAGAGGCAGCAGGUCCUGUAAGAAGAGCAGAAGGCGAGGAGUUGAGGUGCUUGUGCAUCGCUUUUGGAGCACCAUCCUGACACAUGAUUGCGACUGUACUUAGAGGAUGGGAGGAACGCGAAUGAAUGGGGUGAAUAUGGAUUUGCCAGAGGAUGAAAUUGAAUACUAGAGAAGACGAAAGGACAGGCGUUGCGCAGUUAAGAGCAGAGGUGGGAAGAAGGCUCGUUAACAGCUGGGACCCACAAAAGGUUGAGGCAGACAGAGACGAGAACACGAGAGGGGGUCCUAGACUCGGGCUGGAGAUCGGGCUCGAAGACUGUUCGCUCGCUCUAGGAGAGCAGUGCCGAGGUCCUGCCAGCUUUUUGUCGUACUUUAUAAACAAGUCUCGGGCUGUGUUCGGUAGUCUACUCCUCUUCUAUACACCACCUUGCUUAGGAAUGUUUCUGUUCCUUCGGAGGUGAAGCUCCGGCAGGCAUGCAGGCAGACAGAGUGUGAAAGAGAGAAAGAAAUGUCUUGGGAUUGGAAAAACUUUGAGAUAUUGAGCCCUUGGUCAUGGUGUCAUUGACAUCGUAGUGUAGAUGGUGGUAGCAAGGAUGAUGGGCUCUUCGCAUCAAACGAGGGAGUGCGCUAAUUUAAGUCAGUUCACAGGAAGGUGUUACUACCAGAGAUUAGGAGUAGAUCUUGAAGAGCUGCUAGAUGGUUCGUGUAGCGAUUUCACAAUCACAGUGCAAGGCAAGGCAUUCCCGUUACACCGUUGUAUCCUGUCGGCACGGUGCAGUUUUUUCCGCAAAUUAUUUCGUCACCCUCAAAUUGAAGAGCCCAAAACCGAGCUGGAUCUGGGAAAGGUAGCUAAUCUCGAAAAAGUUGGACAAGAAGCGUUUCUCGCCGUCGUUAAGUACAUUUACGGUGGAAGAGUGAGACUCUUAGGAAGUGCUGUCACGUGUCUGGACGAUACUUGCUCUCAUGAGGCUUGCAACCCAGUAGUGAAGUACGUUGAGGACUUCCUUCGCACCGCCGCGGUAUUUGACCUACCAGAGCUGAAGGGUCACGGUGAGCAUCACUUGUGCGGUUUGGUGGAUAAAGUUCCUGGAGAAUAUCUGACGAGUAUGAUGAAAGUCGCGAAGACUCAUGGAGCAGAGAUGUUAUACAACCGCUGUAUCCAUGUUCUAGCCAACAAAUGUAACUGGAAUUACCGUAGUCUCCAGAAGUCUUUAGGAGACGAGCUUGCAAAUCAAGUGAAGGAGCUUAGGAAGACACUAGGUUUGUUGAUGCCAACGGAUGAAGACGAGCGUCGGGACACAGAGGCGUGGCGUGUGCAAAGAGCGUUGGACUCUGAUGAUGUUGAACUGGUACAGAUGUUGCUGAAAGAGGGACAGUUUAGUUUUGAUGAUGUGCAUGGGUUACAUUAUGCAGCAGGUCACUGCGACGAGAAGAUUGUCAGAGAGUUACUGGAUUUGGAAUUAUCCAAUCCAAACGUCAAAGAUUACAGCGGUUACACUGUUCUGCAUAUUGCAUGUAUGAGAAGACAACCAGAAAUUCUCGCAGGUCUUUUAGCGAAAGGGGCACGACCCAACGAUGUCACCCCAGAUGGCAGAACAGGUUCGCAGAUUGUCAAGAGGUUGACAAAGAAAGGAGGAGACGGGUUUGAUAGUGCGGCUGAAGAAGAAGCUCAGAGAGCCAGACUUUGUCUUGAAAUACUCGAGCAAGCGGCCGUCACGACCAACACAACCUACUCCAGAUCAUUUCGAGAAGUUGUAAACAUGCCUGUUACAUCCGAAGAAGAGCUUGUUCAAAAGCUUCUCUAUUUGGAAAAUAGAGUGGGUUUAGCAAAAGUACUCUUCCCAAGAGAAGCACAAAUUGUGAUGAAUCUUGCACAUUUGGAAGCAACAUCGGAGUUUACUGGCGUCGAUAAAGCUGGAGCAGCGGACAACGUCUCAGCAUCUAACUCGCCACUUUUUUCCGCCAAAGCUCAAGCACUGAAGCGUUUUCCAGCCACUAGUCAAGGUCCGAAGGUCGAAGGAUCAGAAGGCGGGCUUGAUGCAACUCUGCUUCGUAGAGUCACAGCGCUGCAAAAAACAGUGGAGCUGGGUCACCGUUUUUUUCCUCGAUGUUCGGAGAUACUGAAUAAGUACAUGGAUGACGACAUGGGUGACAAUGCCUUUGUGGACAAAGUAAAUCCAGAUGAGCAUUCAACGAAGAAGCAGCGCCUAGAUGAACUCAAGGAAAUUCUAGCAGAGGCCUUUACUAUGGAUGUUGCUGACAUGGACGAACAAAAAGAGGCAGAGGCAGAGGCAGAAGUUCUGUUCCGGGAUUUGGGACUCACGAAGGUAGGUGGUAAGCUCUCUGCAAAAUGGCGAGAGGUGCAUCAAAAUGUAUAGGUACACACAAUUCUUUAAACCAAGUUGCAUAGUGUACAGCGAAAAGUUUACUUGACUGAAGGUUGAUCGGAUCUUCAACCCAGGUCUUAACAGAGGAUAAUAGCUUCUGUGCUUUACUUUCUAGCUUCAAGCAACAUUAGAAGUCUUGUUCAGUUUGUAAAUAGUCAUCCAUCUUCCUUCAGAUUUUCUCUCUCUAUCUGAUGUCGUGUGUAGAGAUUUUGUUCAGUAAGAGUCCAGAUCAAAGGAAGCUUCUUGGCAAAAAAGUCCCACGAUUGAGUGCCGUUGAGUUUGUUUUUUCCUAUCAAAGGAGGAUCAACAAAUCAAAAGUUCGUUGAAUUACUUAAUCUCGUUCGAUGAUCUAUAUCCUUACGAAUCAUGUUUCAGAUAACACUACUCGCCUUCAAGGGCCUUCAAGGCAGCUGUUAGGUUAUUGGCUAGUCAGCCUUCGCUCUUCCUGAAAGUGAUCUCAUUUUUUCACAUGAAAGACCCUAUAGACUAUGUGUACUGUCUUUAGAUUGAACAUUUAGGUAGGUGUUUGACUUAUGCGCAACCUGAUACAUUCAUUCGAUCGUCUUAUAUUCCCCAGUUUCCAACCCCCCACCCGUUAGAACACAUUAAUACUUGCACCUUCUUUACCUAACCAUCAUGUUAUUAUACACAGGAUUGUUCUGCUUUUCUUGAGUUAUAUACACCACGUGGGCUUGUUUGUAAUCUUCGACAAUUGAAUAGAUACCGAGAAAGUCUCUUUACUUUCCUGCCCGGAAAGAGACGUUCACUUUCUUGCAAGCGGGGCAU